GGUUAAAUGAGUGAGCGGUAUAAAGAGCGGAAGCAUAUUCUUCAAGAAACCUUCUUAUUUAAAAACAGCGCUCAUUCCUUCGGUCUCUUCACGCAGCCCUCACUCACUCAUCCAAGUCCAACCUUCUUCUUCUUCUUCUUCCUCUUUCUCUCGUCGCGUUUCCGCCAACUAGGGUUCCGGUUCCGAACCUCACCGUCAUCGUCAUCGUCAUCGACAACAACAACAACAAGCAAAAAUGCAUUCCAGUCACUUGCUUAUCGAAGAACCGAUUCGGAUGAUCUCAAUACUCGAGCCAUCCAAAUACAGCUUUUUUCCUGCAAUGACGAAGAUUGUUGGUACCCUGGGACCUAAAUCUCGUUCCGUCGAUGUUAUUUCUUCUUGCCUCAAAGCUGGAAUGUCUGUGGCUCGAUUUGAUUUCUCUUGGGGUGAUGCUGAAUAUCACCAGGAGACUUUGGAAAAUUUGAAGACUUCUAUCAAAUCUACUAAGAAGCUCUGUGCUGUUAUGUUGGACACAGUGGGUGCUGAAAUGCAGGUUGUUAACAAAAAGGAGACGGCAAUUUCGCUCCAGGCUGAUAAUCAGGUUGUUCUAACUCCUGAUCAGGGACAAGAAGCUUCUUCAGAGAUACUGCCUAUCAAUUUUGAUGGACUGGCCAAGUCAGUCAAGGCGGGAGACACCAUUUUCGUUGGUCAAUACUUGUUCACAGGAAGUGAAACUACUUCUGUUUGGCUAGAGGUAGCGGAAGUUACAGGGCUGAAUGUUGUUUGUACUAUAAAAAAUUCAGCAACAUUAGCUGGGGCAUUGUUUACCUUGCAUGCAUCUCAAAUUCAUAUUGAUUUACCUACCCUCACUGAGAAAGACAAGGAGGUUAUAAGCACCUGGGGAGUAAAAAACAAAAUUGAUUUUCUAUCAUUGUCAUAUACUAGGCAUGCUGAAGAUGUUCGCCAGGCACGUGAAUUCCUUUCUACAUUAGGUGAUCUCAGCCAAACUCAAAUUUUUGCAAAGAUUGAAAAUGUUGAGGGAUUGACCCAUUUUGAUGAGAUUCUACAAGAAGCAGAUGGUAUUAUCCUUUCCCGUGGGAAUUUGGGCAUUGAUCUUCCACCAGAGAAGGUAUUUUACUUCCAAAAGUCCGCCCUUUACAAGUGUAAUAUGGCUGGGAAGCCUGCUGUGCUCACACGUGUUGUGGAUAGCAUGACCGACAACUUGAGACCAACUCGUGCGGAAGCCACAGAUGUUGCCAAUGCUGUUUUAGAUGGUAGUGAUGCAAUUCUUUUGGGUGCUGAGACUUUACGUGGGUUAUACCCUGUUGAGACUAUUUCUACAGUUGGCAAGAUUUGUGCAGAAGCUGAGAAAGUUUUCAAUCAAGACCUUUAUUUUAAAAGGACAGUGAAACAUGUUGGUGAACCCAUGACCCAUUUGGAAUCCAUAGCAUCCUCAGCGGUACGUGCAGCUAUUAAGGUGAAGGCUUCUGUUAUCAUUUGCUUCACUUCAUCUGGAAGGGCUGCAAGAUUGAUAGCAAAGUACAGGCCAACGAUGCCGGUUCUCUCCGUUGUGAUACCCAGACUUAAGACAAAUCAGCUAAAAUGGAGCUUUAGUGGAGCUUUUGAGGACCAACUACCAAUACAUUUGUGGGAAAGCUUAUUUACUUCUAAUGCAAGGCAAUCACUUAUUGUAAGAGGUCUCUUUCCCAUGCUCGCUGAUCCUCGACAUCCUGCUGAAUCAACCAGUGCCAGUAAUGAGUCUAUUCUGAAGGUAGCACUUGAUCAUGGAAAAACAUCAGGAGUCAUCAAGCCACAUGAUAGAGUUGUUAUUUGUCAGAAAGUUGGUGAUGCAUCUCUUGUUAAGAUUAUCGAGCUUGAAGAUUAAGUGAUUCACACCGUUAACGUCUUUUUGUCUUUUUGGUUGGUCAUCACCAAGUUUUGGCAGGAGCAGAUCAUUCUGCUUUCACGAUUUGAAGUUAUCUCCACUGGGUUUUGGUGGCUAGUUUUAUGUACUGAGAAUGAAUGUUGGGCUAAUUUGACUGGUUAUCAAUCAUAUUUAAAACCAAAGGGAGUAUGUCCUUGAAAUCAUACUUAAAAGCAAAGGGAGUAUUCCCUUGAUGUAAUUUUUUGGAACUGGAUUGGGUUGCAAUCCAAAUAGGAACCCAAUAGAUUGGGUACUUGAAUCGUUAGCUUGAAUUAAAUAUAGUAUUCAAAAUAAUCUUUAAAAACUGUGCAAACAACUCAAUCCCUUUUUUUCCAGUCUAUUUUGUUUAUUUUGUAUUUGUAUGAGGUCAAUUUGGAAGAAAGUUUAUUCAAUAUGUAUCGUCAAA